AUGGGCUACGUUCGUCACUUGAUGCAGCUAUUAGCUGCCAGCCCGCUACUCUACAACCUGAGUUUCGGGCUGCACGCCGAUAUCCGCGCCGACAGCAAUCGGGAUGGCUACGUCGACGUCCAUGAGGAGAGUGACCUCGUGCAGAAACUUGACUGGGAUAAGAACGGCGCCAUAUUCUUGCCAAAUAUAGGCGAUACCGAUCUAAGAUGCGAGAAACUAUUUGAAAGCGGAAAUAUUACCAGUUUUGAGGACUUUGCCGCCUGCCACGACGCCUCUGACGAUGUCCAACGGGCCCCGCGGUACAUGGCUCGCCUAGCAACGGUACCAGCCAAAAAUAUAAGCGAUGAUGCCUGGGGAACGAUUGAGAUCCACGAGGAGAUUGCCAGAAAGAACGUCCGUAUCUUUCGCGAAGAUGAUCAAAGGUGGAACUUCACUACCAAUGACUAUCGGUUCUCAAGCGAGGAGUUGAAGAAAGGAUUGAAGCUGGGAAUCGACGCCCGCGAUACGCGAAGACCCGGAGGGUGGGACGGCCGAGUUGAAGUCCAUCUUCACAUUCAGGAUGGAAAGGUAUCGUCAGAUGAUGUUGUUCGUCUUCGGGUCGCACCGGUGCUUCUUUCUCAUUCUCUUCAGCGGGCUGCAACCUUUGUUUCGGUGGAGACGCACCAAGACCCCGAAGUCCCCUUGUUUAUCUGGCAACACAAAUUCGUUACUCAAAUGAAGAGGGCUUUGGAGACUUCCCAUUCUAAUGAGAGUCUGGAACUCUUCAACGCCGAUGAUGUGUGGGUCCAGGACUACAUAACUUUCGCAUAUACGAGUAUGCCAGGGUCCGAGGGGCCAAUUACCCUGCAGAUCAAUAUGCGUUCAUCGCAAGGAUCUAGGGCAGCGGGACAAAUGGCAUUUAGAAGAGCACGGAAGCAUAUUGGUGGCUCAAUCUACAGUCCCGGUGGUACCAGAGACGAGGUCAACUCAAUGGGCAACGUGAUCACUAUUCCUCCAUACAAAAAGGGGAGCAAGAGCUAUCCAGCAGGCCGCAUUGUUGCUGGUUCUCACGGCCAUCAGAACCCUCACAUUUACGAAUAUCUGCGGGCACAGGAGGUUCAAGACCCUUUGCUACUCGACGCGGAUUGGCUGGCUAUCGGCCACAUAGAUGAGUUUCUCCAGUUUGUACCAGCACCUAAAGGGAAAAGCGCAUAUGGCUGGGCUCUCCUUGUUGCCGACCCGAGCCUGUGCCUGGAAAUCCUAGAGAAAGCAAAAAAGGAGGGACAUGGGAGCGCCUUGGUGUUUUCACGAAAGAAUGAGACGAAGCUUCCGAUACCCCCUGGCCCCCCCAACCCGCGAGUUCCAGGAUACUCUAUUGAUGAGCUUUUGAAGCGCUCAGACUUUAUUGAGAGCAAUCAGCGGUUUGCGAAGCGUAUUAAGCGUGUCGUACAGCGCUUGAUGAAGGAGACUGGCAUCCGUGAGACCGACGUUCAUCCACUUCCCAUGCUCUUCCAAACAGGCCUGUGCUGGGGCGCAGACAGAAGCGUGUCUCCAGAUCGAAACUGCAGCACAAGCCACGCCACGCCACUGCAUCCGGGGGUGGUAAGUGGCGUGGUCCGAAAUGAGUCGAUGUUCCUGGCGCCUAAUCCAUGGGGCCCUGUCGUGGGAGGAGUGGAUAUCCUACAAAAGGCCACCAACGAAACAUUCGAGCGUAUCGGGGCAAGGGUGAGCUAUAUUGAUGAUUGGUUCUCACAUCAUGUAAGAGGUGGGGAGGUGCAUUCCGGUGUCAAUUGCAUGCGGAAUGUUGCUCAACCGUGGUGGGAAACUAAGACACUUGGAUCGUACAGGAAGGCCCUUGGCAGCCAGGGGGCGAGUGAAGGCUGCAACAAGGGUCACAUUGACUCUCACGAAUUGUUGUGA